GGGGCCCGGUGCCUGUCGCCCCGCCUGGGGGUCCGGUGCCUGCCGCUCCGCCCGGGGGCCCGGUGCCUGCCGCUCCGCCCGGGGGCCCGGUGCCUGCCGCUCCGCCUGGUAGCCCGAUGUGCCUCUGCCCGGGGUCCUGCCCGAUGUGCCUCUGCCCGGUGUGCCUCUGCCCGGAGUCCAGCCCGAUGUGCCUCUGCCCGGAGUCCAGCCCGAUGUGCCUCUGCCCGGAGUCCAGCCCGAUGUGCCUCUGCCCGGAGUCCAGCCCGAUGUGCCUCUGCCCGGAGUCCAGCCCGAUGUGCCUCUGCCCGGAGUCCAGCCCGAUGUGCCUCUGCCCGGUGUACCGCUGCCCGGAGUCCUGCCCGGACUGUUUGGAGCGUCCUGAGGCCGCUCCUUGAGGGG